AUGUCAGUGUCUCCAAAGCUACCACAAGAUGGUCCAACUUCAAAAGACUCCUCCAACAAUCAGCCCAAUUACACAGAAACUGAUUCACCACACAUCAAAGACCAAAAUGCUUCGCAGACGUCUUUUCAUGACGAGGAAGACAAUAACCCAUUCCUGCAUCAUCAAGGACUAAGCAGCUUUAGCCAUUUGCAUUUGAAUAAUAGUCAGCAACAGUCCAACGAAGAGGUUAACCCACUGGAUGAUGUAGACGAAUCAAUGCUACUAUACAAAACAUCUAAGCUGGAUAAGUCAAGUAAAAUCACCGAAUCCUUCAAUGCUGUUAAUAUCAAUUUUGAAAGUAGAGUCACCAAAUUGUUGAAACCUAAGGUUCGAGUCAAGGUACAAAUCACUGAAGCCGGCAACUCGAAUGAGGGUAUGAAUAACUCCCUGAAAAAGUAUAUUGCCUACACCAUUAAACUUGUCAACAUUGAUGCGAAGAAUGACGAGGUAUUGACAAGACGCAGGUACAGUGAUUUUGAAAGUUUGAGAGACGUAUUGACUAAGAUUUUCCCCUUGGUUAUCAUACCACCAAUUCCACCUAAAAACUAUUUUGAUUUCUCAGUUUUCAAUGGCUUUGUGGGACAAGGAAGUAUCGGAUUCGGAUCAAACAUUGGCGUAACGGGUGGCAUUUCUAGUUUCAGCCCCCAUGAUCGGUCAACAGGUCCCAGUGGAGCAGGAGGAGGAGGAGGAGGAGGUGGUGGUGGCGGUGUCAGUGUCAAUGUCGGUGGUGACCACGUAGGAGUACCAACCUCCUCAAGCAAUACUUCCCCAUCAGCUAAUGGCAACACCAACACAAGUGAUAUACACUCCACCACUUCAACGACUCACAAUCUAUCGAGCCCAACUUCAUCACCAUACUCGUACAUCAACUCAAAUCAUUUAGCCAAGAACAAAUUAGUCGAACAUCGCAAACGAUUACUAUCCAAUUUCCUCAACAACUGUCUUGAAAUCAAGCAGAUUCGAAGUCUUGAGUUCUUCCAUAAAUUUCUUGACCCCAACGCCAAUUGGUCUGAUGAAAUUGCUUUGAUUCAAAAUCAGUUGCCCAAAUCAAUAUAUUUACUGAAUCCAGAAAACGGCUUGAAAACAGAUGCAAUUUAUGCCAACUUGCCUAACCCUUCGUCAGGUAAAAAUACCAUCAGUUUUUUCAAAGACAACGGGAAAAGAAUCACGAAAAAGACAAACAAGUUGAUUGGUAAUAGCAUUAGUAGUAAUGCCAGCACUAUAGCCGCAGACGCUACUGGAAUCAACCCUGCUCCUGAUAAAUCUACUACCGAAGCACUACAGAGGAAGAAGCAAAGCGAAUAUAUUGUUGAAACAUCAGGGUUGGAUGAAGUGAAUAAAAGGAUUACAAGCAACUUCAUGGCUCUUUCAAAUGACUACGCUGAAUUGGGGACUGUUUUCAAUUCAUUUUCCCUUAUGUUUUCCGAAGCUUUUCUUCUUCUGCUGCUGCUGCUGCUGCCAAGUGAUGAAGAAGGUAGAGAAGUAGUCAAUGGCGGUACAAGCGACGAAUCUGGCGGUGCUGGUGGCGCUGGUGGCGCUGGUGGCGCUCUUGCUACCCCUAAAAAUGACAUUGGCGUUGGCAAGUACAAGUCUAACGACAACGAUGAUGAGCUAAAUUUCAUAUUUGACAGAAUUGGACAAUGUUUCGAUCGAUCGUAUGUUGCUAUGAAUUCGUUGAUUGGGGAUCUAGAAACGCAAUUUUCAGAACCAUUGGGUGAGGCCGUUCAAUAUACACAAACGUUGCAUUACAUUACCAAAUACCAGUCGAGGAAGUUGGCACAGAAGCACAUGUUGGAUGAUGAAGUCAAACACAAAAAGAAAGAAUUGAACCAGUUGUUAAAAAUUGAGCUGGAGGCCGGUACGGUUGAACAUGCAAUAAGGAAUCAACAUAGCAACACUACCAGCAGCGUUGAUGGAAUGAAAUUUGACUUGACCGGUAGUGCAGGCGCCUCCAAAUUGACUGGCGCUGAUAGCAAAACACAUAGGUCAGCCCCCAAUGGAACCCCUAUGUCCACUGGACCAAGUAAUGGGAACACUCUGGGCCAAGCAUCUGGUGGAUUAUUCAAACUUCCUUCUUUCAAGUUCAAGACGUUGACUAGAUAUGUGAGUGAAAUAAUUGACCAAAAUCCUCAGCAAACGCGAAGAACUAAAAUUCAUGAAUUGACAGAUAAGAUAUCUGUUUUAGAGAAAUGCCAAGAUAUAAUGCUUGCUGAUUUGUCAUUUAUAUACGAUGAAGUUGACAAAAAUUUACAACAGUUUCAAAUUAGACAGUUGAAAAUGAUGUACGAGAUUUUGUUGUAUUACAACCAAGUAUUAAUUGAAUGGGCAAAGAAGAACAUUGAGAUUUGGCAAGAUGUUAAGGAAGAGAUUAUCAAGUGCUAG